GUAAGAAAAUUGAAUUUGAGAGUGUUUUAGUUAAGAGAGAUGGUUAAAUGUGAAGGAUAAUAGUAGAGUGAGUUGGUAAGAGAGUGGGAAUGAAAGGGUUUCCCAAAAAGCAAACCCCAUAAUUGUGUGUAGUGAAGAGCCCAAAAAGGGUGGGAAAAAUGAAGAGAGAGUGAUUGGUCAGUGGGAGAGAAAGACAGACACAGAAAGCGGGUCUCUUUCUUUUUGGAGUAUUGGGUCAGGUUCUUUUGGCAAUGCCAAAGUUGGUCACGCUCACUGAAAAUGCAGAAGGCAUGAAACCACCUUCAAAUAUCUCCCCCCACUCACUACUCCUGUGCUUCUUCCUCCUCCUCUGUCUCUGCUCCUUCUCUCUCUGUCUCCCUCUUUCCUCCUCCUCAUGCCUGCCCUCAUCGAUCUUAACAGCGCCACCGAGGACCAUGAAACGCCAUCGUCUCGCCCCUCCUCCGUCUGCCUCGAACUCUGGCAUGCCUGCGCGGGUCCUAUGAUUUCCUUGCCCAAGAAAGGAACACUUGUCGUGUACUUCCCUCAAGGACACUUAGAACAACACCUUCACGAUUUUCCGCUUCCUGCUUCUGCUAACAUCCCUUCCCACCUCUUCUGUCGCGUUCUCGAUGUCAAGCUCCAUGCUGAGGAAGGGAGCGAUGAAGUGUAUUGCCAGGUGGUGUUGGCUCCUAAAAGUGAGCAACUGCAUCAGAAGUUUCGGGAAGCGGAAAUUGAUGUUGAUGGUGAGGAGGAGGAUGCUGAAGCUGUGAUGAAGUCCACCACACCCCACAUGUUCUGCAAGACUUUGACAGCUUCUGAUACUAGCACCCACGGUGGAUUUUCUGUGCCUCGUCGUGCUGCGGAAGAUUGCUUUCCACCUCUGGAAUACAGUCAACAGAGACCUUCGCAGGAGCUUGUGGCAAAGGAUCUGCAUGGUCAAGAAUGGAGGUUUCGACAUAUUUAUAGGGGGCAACCACGACGACACUUGCUUACCACUGGGUGGAGUGCAUUUGUGAACAAGAAGAAACUUGUAUCUGGAGAUGCUGUUCUGUUUCUUAGGGGCGAGGAUGGAGAACUAAGAUUGGGAAUUCGUAGGGCUGCUCAAUUAAAAAGUGGCAGUGCAAUUUCAACUUUUGCUGCCGAGCAAUUGAAUCUUAGCAGUCUUCUGGAUGUGGUUAAUGCUUUAUCAGCAAGACGUGCCUUUAGUGUGCACUAUAAUCCAAGCUCAUCUGAGUUCAUUAUACCAAUUAAGAAAUUCUUGAGGAGCCUUGAUUAUUCUUAUUCAGUUGGAACAAGAUUCAGGAUGCGUUUUGAAACUGAAGAGGCAGCAGAGCGAAGAUUUACAGGAUUGAUUGUUGGAAUUACUGAUGUGGAUCCUGUUAGAUGGCCUGGAUCAAAAUGGAGAUGCCUAAUGGUAUAAUAUAACUAUCAUGUGUAUGCUUGAAGUGUGUCAGUAGAUACUUUGCCUUUUUCUGUCUUGGCCGUUUUAGUAAUAUUGUGGCUACACUUUGUU